GGAGCGCGGUGGGCAGGAGGCGCGGGGGUCUCCGCUGCCGCGGACGGGCGAGUCGUGCCCCACAGAGCGCCGUACGGAGGCGGGCGGCGUUGGGCCGAGCGCUUGCGGAUGUCCUGAAGCGUCGGGGCCGCAGUCGCUCCUGCGGGCGCCUCGAGCCGCGCGCCUCGGCUCCGCCGCUGAGCGCUGGCCGCGCGAGCCUUCGCCGGGGGCCGGGGGCCGAGGCCGAGCUCUCCGCGCGGGUGGCGCGCUGUGCGCGGUGCGAGCGGCGAGCCGUCUCGGGCGGUUCCGCAGUCGUCGUGGCACUGAGGAGCCACCCUAGUCCAGAAGCCUGUCGCUCCCCCCGCCCCGGUUCCUGAAGCGGCGGAUGCCAGAGAUAGCUUGCCUUGGUCCAUUUGCUUGCACGGCUACAUUUAUGGACUUACUGAGCAGUUUGUUGUCAUGCAUUUUCCUCUUGAAUAUUUUCAGGAUGAAUCUAGAAAAACUCAGCAAACCAGAACUACUGACGCUGUUUAGCAUUCUUGAGGGAGAAUUAGAAGCAAGAGAUCUUGUCAUAGAAGCCUUAAAGGCCCAGCACAGAGAUACGUUCAUUGAAGAACGCUAUGGAAAGUACAAUAUCAGCGAUCCACUAAUGGCUUUGCAGAGAGAUUUUGAGACCCUGAAAGAAGGAAAUCAUGGUGAAAAGCAACCAGUCUGCUCCAAUCCCUUAUCUGUUUUGAAAGUGGUGAUGAAACAUUGCAAGAACAUGCAGGAAAGAAUGUUAUCCCAACUAGCUGCUGCAGAAAGCAGACACAGAAAGGUGAUAUUGGACCUUGAGGAAGAAAGACAGCGGCAUGCCCAGGACACGGCAGAGGGGGAUGAUGUCACCUACAUGCUGGAGAAGGAAAGAGAGCGGCUCACCCAACAGUUGGAGUUUGAAAAAUCCCAAGUGAAAAAGUUUGAAAAAGAACAGAAGAAGCUCUCAAGCCAGCUGGAGGAGGAGAGGGCACGCCACAAGCAACUGUCCUCCAUGCUUGUAGUGGAGUGCAAGAAAGCCACUGCCAAAGCAGCUGAAGAGGGGCAGAAGACAGCAGAAUUGAGCUCGAAAUUGGAAAGAGAGAAGAGUAAGGUGAGUAAAUUGGAGGAGGAGCUGGCAUCGAAGAAGAAGCGGGGUUUACAGAUGGAAGCACAAGUAGAAAAGCAACUCUCAGAGUUUGACAUCGAAAGAGAACAGCUGAAAGCCAAGCUGAACAGAGAAGAAAACCGUACAAAAGCCCUAAAAGAAGAGGUAGAAUGUUUGAAGAAAUCUCUGAAGGAGCUGGAGGCUUCUUGCCAGGAGCAUGGUCCUCCUGAGCCUGUGCAGCCAAGGCCCUCAAUGAUGUCCAGAGGUGUCGUAACUGACAGUCCCACAGUGAAGUCUGUGUUUUGCCAGACAGAGUGUCUGCAGGCAGACAGAGCAGAUCCUGCCAGCACAAGCAAAGCUGCAUAUACCACAUUUUCCAGCCCUACUCCACCUACUCAUUCCUAUGCAAAAUCCAAUGGUCAUUGUGAUACUGAUAUGCAAAUGGGAAGUGAGCUACAGCAGACAAAUACAGCAGAGAACCAAGUCCAAAAGGAGAAGUCUGCUGGUGCAGUCCCAGAAAGUGUGAUUGAGAAUGGAAGCUCUCCUGUAAGAACAGAGUCACCAGUUCAUCUGAUGUCCCAGCUCCCUUCCAGUGGGGUGUCUCUGUCUCCUAGCAGCACGGCUGCAUCCUCUCUAACACCUUCUCCCUGCUCCUCGCCAGUUCUGACUAAACGCUUAGUUGGAGCUUCAGCCAGCAGUCCUGGUUACCAGUCAUCCUACCAAGUGGGGAUCAACCAACGUUUCCACGCAGCUCGGCACAAGUUUCAGUCUCAGGCUGAGCAGGACCAUCAGUCGAGUGGUCUGCAGAGCCCGCCAUCAAGGGAUUUGUCUCCUACUCUAGCAGAUAACUCUGCUGCCAAGCAGCUAGCACGCAAUACAGUCACUCAGGUCCUUUCCAGAUUUACCAGCCAGCAGGGACCUAUUAAACCAGUCUCCCCUAAUAGCUCACCUUUUGGCACGGACUAUCGAAAUCUGGCAAAUGCUGUGAGCCCCAAAAAUGAAUCUGGUCAUUCUCCAAGUGCAGGCAAGGUUUCCAGUCCACUAAGCCCAUUGUCUCCUGGAAUUAAAUCACCAACAAUUCCUAGAGCAGAAAGAGGGAAUCCACCACCCAUUCCUCCAAAGAAACCUGGCCUUGCUCAGUCACCUGUUGCUCCUGCUGCAGUAACCAAAACAGCUCCUCAGGCAUCUUCUUUAGGUGCCCCCAUGGACGUGGCAAGUAGCUGCUCUAACAAUACUGUAGUGUCAAAUGGUAAAGACAUUGAGAUACUCCUGCCAACUAGCAGCUAGUCUCCAGAAAAUGUGAAUGUGACAUUCCAUGGCUUAGCAUCCUAGAGCUAAGACACUGUUUUUCCACUCCAUGUUAUUUAUUUCCAUAGAAGCAGAAUCUGUCUGUAUAAAGCAUUUAGUAUAUUUUUCUUUUUUAAAUAGGUAGGAGAAUAUUUUUGUUUAUGAAGAAACCUUAACUACAGCUAUACAGUAGCCUCAAGUCUCUCAUGGCAGCAGUCAAAUCAUCAGAGAUGACAGGAACCAUAAUCAUGUGAUGGAACCUAAAUAUCAAACUAUAAUGGGACUGAAAUGCUACUUUUAAAUUAUGCAGAAAACUUGUGCAGACUUUUUACUCCAGAUGAACAUUUUAUUAAAAGUGCCUGAACUAAGCCUGCAAUAUGAAUGUGAUUCUCUGAAAAAGGCAAGGAGGGGAACCAUCUAGCUGCAGAAAUGAAUUCUUCUGUGAGUCAUGAAUGUUUAAACCAACACUGUUUUUAAUUAUCUCCAUUUGUUGAAAUGAGUUAGCAAAUGUGCUACAAGUAAGUUCUGUAAGGUGACCACCAGACUGACACAGCCAGCCACAUUUUGUCCUUUAUGAUGUAGGUCCUAAGUGUUUUAGGAGGUGCACAUAAGUUUCUUGGGGUAAAAUUUAGCCUUGGUACAAUUCUGAUUACUUUUCUCCCAGUAUUCAUUAUCCAAGUAGUGUUUUUCUAUCCUGUAACAUGUUCUGUGAAAAUGCCUGUGCUUUAAAUGGCUGAAUUUUCAUUUCUGGCGAGUCACCUGUAAUUUCAAAUUAUUCAAGCAUUCUACUGUCAUGUGUAGAACUUCUGAGAAAAGGAUCUUGUAAUUACUUGAUCAACAAUCUUGCUAUUACUUGAAAAGAAAAAUCAUUAGUCCAUAUGGUACAGCAAAAUGGGAUCUUCUACUAUAAAAAAAGCAAUAAUUUUGUUGUUCACUUUUAUCAGUUGUCAGACUGACCUGGAUUUUACUGACUAGCUAGCUAUAGAAUCUUGCCAGCUUUCACUGGAUGAAAAUAUGCAACCAAAUUAUCACUGUCAUAUGUAAUUAAUUACAUAUGUAGGUAAUUUUACAUGCAUACGUAUUGAAUAUACAAUGCAGACAUAAAUCUUAAGCUAUUCGUGAGGAUCUCCCCAAUAUGAAAAAAGGUGGAAAUUAUAUCGAGAUUGGGGGAACAAAUUGGUUACUUAGGGGUAAGGAGUUGCUUAAGUCUGUGAAAAUUAUCUCUGUGAAAAGUUAUUUUUCUAGAUGAGCCCAAAAGAAGGGAGAAGCAACAGAUUCCAUCCAGUGCAGAAAUGUCCAUCUGAGGUGAAAAGUGUAGUCCUCGUUGCAGACAUCUUGCAUACACCACCUGCCAUUUCAUGGCACAAUGCAGUUCAGCUUUGAGUCGCUGCAGUAAAAUACAAGACAAACACAAUACAGAUCAGUGAUGCAGAGGUUGAGAGCAUAACUCUGAGCUGAUUAUCCCAGGUAUUGUAUGUGAGCUGAUUCUAAACUUAGAAGCUAGACUUGCUGCUCAAUGUCAUGCUAUGUUUAGCAUUUCCUUCUACAGCAGUGUAAGGUUUACAUAGAGUGUAGUAACCCACUGUCAGAGAUGCUUUUUCCUUUGUCUUUUUUCAAAAUGUGUUAAACAAAAUACGUCCUACUUUAUUGUAGGAAAGAUCCCUGCAGCAACUAGAAGGGUGCACUACUGUACAUGACCUUUGUACAUGGCUUUGAGUCUUAUUUUGUAGGACAUCAGAGCUCUUGUGCUGCUUUGAAGUGGCUGUUGUCUGAAGUGACCCUGCUCUUCUCUCCCACACUGGUAUGAAAGGUAUUUAGAUUACAGCAAGAGAGGUUCUUACAAACCGUUCAAUAGCCUUUUACGUUUUGGUAUUACGUGCGGCUGUUCCUAAUCCAUUGGAAUAGGCUAUGUACUAGCAGUAGGAAAAUAGUACCAGUCUAGAGAUAAAUGGGUAGUGACUCUCUGGGAAGCACUUUUUUAUAUAAUUUUGAUGUGUCCACAACAGAUUUUUUUUUCUCUCUUAAGAGUAAUUCUAAAAAUUGAGGGGCAGAAGGAUUUUUGCCCAUGUAUCACUUCCAAUUCAAAAGUGAGGCUUUUGUAUACACUGCUUUAACAUGUUUCUUUGCUUUUACACUAAACUAGAUGGUAUUAUCCCCUUUCUUUAUCAAUAGCUCUAUAUAGAUACUAUAAUGAAGUUUAUUAGAAAAUGCACUGAAUACUAUUUCUUCUAAAAUAUACUAUGGGAAGGGGGUAUGCAAAGGAAUGUAUUUUUGCUAGUAGCCUGUCUUCUGAGAGAAACUAAGCACAAAUAUUACAAUGAUCCAACUAAUUCAGUAAGACAUGUAGAGUUAGUAUUUAACCUUUGCUGUAGAUUCUGUGUGGAAGCAACUAAAUAUUUCUUCUGUAAUUCACAUCUGUUAUAAGCAGAAAUUGUUGCCGAAUUUGUCACUGGCUAAUGGAGUAAAAUGAAGUGCAAAAUGUAUACGUUGGUAUUCGUUAACACUUGUAAAUUUGUAAAGCCAAAUGUACCAAGCUGAAGUCUUUAAUCAUUUUUAUAGCUGAUGGCAUUAACCAUGUUAAACAUUCAUAUUAUCAAUAAAGGAUUUUAUUUUUAA